AUGCCGGAGUCACAGCACGGUGUUCACGAAGCUAGGCUAACAGCCGGGAAAGUGUCUGUCGAGAAUCGUCUGAAGGAUCAAGGUACCUGGAGACAAGCCCCUCUGCUUCUAGGCUCCACCAAGUUCGAGCCUCUGCCCGAUGUUCACAAUAUCAUGAUCACUGGUGGCGCGGGAUUUAUUGCCUGCUGGCUUGUCCGUCACCUAACAGUCACGUAUCCACAAUCCUACAAGAUCGUAUCUUUCGAUAAGCUGGAUUACUGCGCCUCGCUCAACAACACGCGCAUGCUCAACGACAAAUCAAAUUUCGAGUUUUACCACGGUGACAUCACGGAUCCAGAAGACGUCAAGGGAUGUAUUAAAAAGCACAAUAUCGACACCAUCUUCCAUUUCGCCGCACAAUCUCACGUCGAUUUGUCGUUCGGAAAUUCUUACCAAUUCACCGAUACUAAUGUAUACGGUACCCACGUUCUUCUAGAAUGUGCCAAGAACCUUGGGAUUAAGAAGUUUGUGCAUAUCUCCACUGAUGAGGUUUAUGGAGAAGUCGAGGAGGAUGGAGAUGAUUUGCUCGAAACGAGCAUCUUGGCUCCUACUAAUCCUUAUGCUGCAUCCAAGGCUGCAGCUGAGAUGUUGGUGAAUGCCUACUAUAAGAGCUUCAAGCUUCCUGUUAUCAUUGUUAGAAGUAACAAUGUGUACGGGCCACACCAGUUCCCAGAGAAGGUCAUCCCGAAAUUCUCCUGCCUCCUAAACCGCGGAGGAAAGCUCCUCCUCCACGGUGACGGCAAGCACACCCGUCGAUAUCUCUUCGCGGGCGACGCAGCAGACGCCUUCGACACAAUCCUCCACAAGGGACAAAUCGGCCAAAUCUACAAUGUCGGUUCUUACGAUGAAAUCAGCAACAUCGAGCUCUGCCAACGUUUGAUCAAGGAAUUUGGUCACCCGGCCGAGAAGUAUGACGACAUUGUUGAACACGUUAUCGAUCGUCCAUUCAACGAUAGACGUUAUGCUGUGGAUGGAACGAAGCUUAGGAACCUUGGAUGGGACCAGAAGACGAAGUUUGAGGAUGGAUUGAAGUUGACGGUUGAGUGGUAUAGAACUUUCGGAGAGGAAUGGUGGGGUGAUAUUUCGAAUGUUAUUGGGGUUGCUUUCCCGGUUGUUGAUCAUGAGCUCAAUGAGGUUGUGCCCACUGAGAAGACUGCUUAA